AUGGGUACCGGUGCCGUCGCUGUUGAACGAGCAGUUGAUCCUCCCCCGCACACGGCCCGACCAGUCCGCCCCGACAAACGCCGUCCUGCUGGUGUCCGGGGCGAGCUCGAACCCGCCGGAGCCGGGCCCGACGCCACCCUGCGUGACGAUGCCGGGCCAGAUCGUCUCGCCGCAGCUGUUGGUGACGAUCAGCUUAAUCGGCCUCUGGUCAUUGGCGGUGCGGCUGUGCCGUUGGCUGUGCUGUUCAUCGGGAUGAGGGUCGUGGCGUUCGCCAUUGAGUUGGUCGGCGUGAUGGUCACGUUUCCAGUGACGUUGAACGGCGACACGGUCACAUUCGCGGCCGUGACAUUGUUCGCCUAUAUGGUGACAUUGACAGGCGGGAUUUCCAGGGGCGCGCAACUCGGUACGAAGCGAGCCGCAGCAGCUCGUCGAGUCAAUACUCAUAACGAGAGGAAGAACCCCUUGGCAAAUCCGCCGACGGGCUUCUGGGGGUUCCUUUUCCUUCUCCAGGACAGUAGCUUCCGGUCGUCUGGCGGCUUGUUCAUCCGCAUGGUUAGGGCCAUGCGCUGCAUCCCUCGCAGGGCGAGCGACAGGUGGCGGUCUACGUACUGGAGAUAG